AAGGAAGGAGAGAGAGAGAGAGGGAGAGGGUCAGCGGCUGCUGAUGGCAGCACCGCCGGACUGGAGUUCACCUCCAAGUAUCCUUUUUUAAAGGCUCGGACACUACCCCGCUGCAGUUUACAGUCACCGCCUCAGACAUUCUUAAACACUAACCCCCACCCCCUUUUCCCUCCAAAAAAAAAGAAACAAAGCAAAAGUAACAACCAGAAACAGCAACAAUUGCAACAUUGACCAUGUCCCGGGAAGUGUCCGGGGCUCCGGGAAAGCCCGGAACCUCCGCUGAUUCCCUCCGGACCGGCACCGGGCCCGGCCGGCCGCUGCUGAUCUUCUCCUCCACCCUCUCUCCACCUCCUCCUCCUCCUUCCCCGGCAAGGAGUGGCCCGGUUGAGGCGGAGAGGUCGGGGACCGGGCCCGGUUCGGAGGCGGCUCAGGGCGUGCUGGUGUUCGCUGCUACCCCACUGGGUCCCGGCUCAGCCGAGUGGGGGCAGCGGCCCCCUCUAGGGCGCCCGCCGGUGAAGAGGAAGUUGGAGCUGGAGAGUGAUCAUCAGUAUCUGCCCAUGGAGAUGGUGAGCCCCAGAGGGAAAGGCAAGUCUUCAGGGAGAGGUCUGAAAUCCCCAGUGGAGAAGACUCGAUAUGACACGUCCCUGAGCCUGAUCACCAAGCGGUUUAUCCAUCUGUUGGCACAGUCUCCAGAUGGCGUACUGGACCUGAACUGGGCAGCACAGGCCCUCGAAGUUCAGAAGCGCAGAAUCUAUGACAUCACCAACGUCCUGGAGGGCAUCAAACUCAUCGCUAAGAAAUCCAAGAAUCACAUCCAGUGGCUGGGUGGGCAUCAGUUCCUGGAUGGUGAGGUCCUGGCCCGGUACCAGGCCCUGGUGAAGGAUAUCGCUGAGCUGGAUGAAAAUGAUCGCAAACUGGAGGAGCUGAUCCAAAGCUGCACCCUGCAGCUCAAACUGCUGACAGAGGACUCGGAAAGCCAGAAGUUUGCCUAUGUCACAUGUCAGGACUUGCGCAGCAUUGAAGACUUGGCUGAUGAGAUGGUGAUGGUAAUUAAAGCCCCAGCUGAUACCAAGCUUCAGGUGACUGAUCCCAGUGAGGCACUUCAGAUCUCGUUGCAAAGCAGCAGGGGGCCAGUGGAUGUCUUCCUGUGUCCUGAGAGCAGCUCGGGCACUUGCAGUCCCGUGAGGAGCCUGACCAGCCCCUUGAAGGUCAGCCCCGUGAAGGUCAGCCCCAUCCGGACAGGUGGCCUGGCUUCCGUAACCCACCAGGAACUGUUAGGAAGCACUUCCCAGGGGACCAUCCUCUCAUCGUCUUCAAGUCAUGACCAAGGGACGCAUGUUGCAAGCAAUGCAUCCUCCCCAUUGGGAGGAGUUGCGGACAUUAACCUUUCCCCUUUGACCUCAGCUGCCAACCUUCUACAGCAGCCGGACGACGCCCUUCCCACAAUCCCGUUUGAUGACAUGUUUAUCAACCUCUCUCCACCAAUGUUUCAGGAUUACCAUUUUGGGUUGGACGAAGGGGAAGGGAUCAGCGAGUUGUUCGACUGUGACUUUGACACGCUACCACCAUUGGAGUUCUGAGGGAGUGUUUGUGGGUAAGUUGGGAGCCGGCCUGUAUUAUUCUGAAAUGGAAGCAGAAAUCACUGGAGAAGCUCAGCAGGGGUUUGUGCAGAGAGAAAGCAGAGUCAGCGUUUCGGAUCAAGUGGCCUUUCUUCAAAAUUUCCAGCACCUGCACUUCUUUUGUUCGCUUGGUUUACUGUGUUAUUCUGUGCCAGAAACAUUUGGG